AUGGCUGCGCAUAUUUACGAGAAUUUACCUUUGAAAAAAUUGAACAAAAAUCUAUCCAGAUCGAAUAAAUUCACUUUUUCCGGAGAACAUAAGAAGGAGAUCGUCAGUCCGGAGAUUCAAGAUUCCUUAGAGACGCUGCUUGGAGCUAAAUCUUCUGAAUCGGUUGAUAAAAAAAGUGUCAGCUCGAAAAACGAAUUCGGAAAUCUCAAGACGAAUAACGAAGAAAAUAAUUGUAACCUCAUUGUACAGAAUAAAAAGGUUAAUUCGACACCUGUUUCGAAUUUAGACGACGGGUAUGGUUCUUCCAAUAGCACACCUCAAGUUUCAGGGAAAGGAAAUUCCAAAAAUCAAUACUAUUCUUCAAAUUUAGAAUUAUCAUGCUCGUUAAGAAAAAAAGAUCUUCACGUUCAAGUUGAAGAGGACGAGCGCGAAUCCUUUGUCCUUUCGACGAGUUCUAGUCAAGCCGCCGACGUGGAUCCGGAUUCCAUAACGGGCGGUCCAGAUGAUAAUCGCGAAACUUGGGGCUCCAACACCGACUUUUUAUUAUCCAUCAUUGGAUUCGCGGUCGAUUUGGCAAACGUCUGGCGGUUUCCAUAUCUUUGUUAUAGAAACGGCGGAGGUGCUUUUUUAAUACCUUAUACUUUGAUGUUGAUAUUCGGAGCCGUGCCAUUAUUUUAUAUGGAGCUGAUUCUGGGACAGUUUUACAGACAAGGUCCAGUCAGUUUAUGGCGAAUAUGCCCUUUAUUCAAAGGAGUUGGAUUUUGCGCUGUUCUUGUUUCAUUUUACGUAUCUUUUUAUUAUAAUGUAAUACUUGCAUGGGCUUUAUAUUUUAUUGGAUCUAGUAUCACAUCAGAUUUGCCAUGGUUACAUUGUAAUAAUACAUGGAAUACUGAAAAAUGUUGGGACAGCAUGAAUUCUAAUAAUAAUUCCCACAAUCCCCAUAGAUUUAGCAAUGAAUCAACCAGAACCAAUAAGCAUACUCCAGCUUCAGAAUUUUUCAAUCGAGCAGUAUUAGAAAUGCAAUGGAGCGACGGUUUACACGAAAUGGGAUCCCCAAAAUGGCAACUAGUUCUAUGUUUAAUGGUAAUUUAUUUUUUGCUAUACAUAUCAUUAUUCAAAGGAGUCAAAUCCACUGGAAAAGUCGUAUGGGUCACUGCAACGAUGCCAUAUGUUGUACUUACCAUAUUAUUAAUAAGAGGAUUGAUGCUACCAGGAGCGCUCAAAGGGAUCUCGUAUUAUCUCCAACCUGAACUAUCAAAAUUGAGUAAAACACAAGUUUGGAUGGACGCUGCCGUUCAAAUAUUUUAUUCAGUCGGAGCCGGAUUCGGAGUGCAUCUCUCUUAUGCCAGUUAUAACACGUUUCAUAAUAAUUGUUACAGAGAUUGUAUUAUAACGACAAUAAUAAAUUGUUUUACAAGUUUUUUUUCGGGAUUUGUGAUAUUUACGUACCUGGGAUACAUGUCGUAUAAACAAGGAGUGCCUAUCGGAGACGUAGCGACCGAAGGACCUGGAUUGGUAUUUCAAGUUUAUCCAGAAGCAGUAGCUACUCUACCUGGAUCCCAAUUGUGGGCAAUAUUAUUUUUCUUCAUGUUAAUAAUGUUGGGAGUAGAUUCAGCAAUGGGCGGAUUGGAAUGUGUCAUCACCGGUUUAAUGGAUGAAUUUUCAAAUUUUUUUAAAAAUAAAAAAUAUUCAAGGGAAAUUUUCACAUUAGGUAUAAUAAUCUGUUCGUUUUGCGUUGCUUUAAUCAACGUUACCCCGGGUGGUAUUUACAUGUUCCAUUUAUUCGAUACAUAUUCUGCGGGUAUAUCGUUGCUGUGUUCAGCAAUAUUCGAAGCCGUUGCAGUAUCUUGGUUCUACGGGCUGGAUAAAUUCUCGCAAGAUGUAGAAGCAAUGCUCGGUAAGAAACCAGGAUUAUAUUGGAGAAUUUGUUGGAAAUUUGUCAGUCCUUCUUUUAUUAUAUGCGUAGUUAUGUUUGGCUUGUUUCACCACGAACCUCUUCAAUAUAACGAUUAUUUUUAUCCAAUUUGGGCGGAAUGGAUCGGUUGGGCUCUAACUCUUUCCUCCAUAAUAAUGAUACCGUUGUUCGCAAUAAUACAAAUACUCAAAACCAAAGGAUCUUUAGCAGAGAGAUUAGCAUUAAGUAUUUCACCCAUAGAAGAACAUGAAGAAAUCAGAAGGACUAAACUUGCAAAAAGGUUUAAAGCAAAACAUUGGUUGUACGUGUAAAUGUUUAAAAUUAUUGUUAAUCGAGUUAAUGAGAAGCAAAAAAAAAGAAGAUGUUUCAGCCUACAACAUCUUCUUUAUAUAAAAUGGAAGAGAUUAUUAGAAAUUUAUAACGUAGAAGUGAUAAUUGUAGAAAAAUUAGACAUAAAAAGGAUUUGUUGGACCAAAAAUUAUCGAUGAUAAAAGAUUUAUUG